UGUGACAAAACCGAAAUUGAAGCAAAAGACGGAAAAAAGAGAUUUUCUAUUUUCUGCAAGAAAACCCCUAAUCCUUCUCCACCUAGAAUUCCAAUUCAUGCUCUACUUCCUCUCCUCGCUAUAACAACACACUCUCUCUCCUCAUGUUUCGCCGACUUUGCACCUCUUUUUCUGUUUCUUUUUCAAAACCAAAACACGCACUUGUCUUCCAAAGCCCCAUCAAACAAUUAAAGUUGCAGUCUUUAACCCCGCGUUUUUUCUCAUCUAAUAUCACAAUGAGCGACAGCCAGAAUCCUCAACUGAACAAAGCCGAGUUAUUUCGAUCUCUUGAAGCAUCAUUGGGUCAUUCCUUCAACACGAACCCAAUUUGGCCUCCACCCAAUCCUUUGAUAAUUGUAAUAAGCGGACCAAGUGGGGUUGGCAAAGACGCCGUUAUAAAGAAACUGAGGGAAUCUAGGGAUUCGCUCCAUUUUGUUGUAACGGCUACAAGCAGGCCAAAGCGCCCUGGUGAAGAGGAUGGAAAAGAUUAUUAUUUUGUGACAAAGGAGGAAUUUUUAACAAUGGUUCAGAAAAAUGAGCUUUUAGAGUAUGCACUUGUAUAUGGGGAUUAUAAGGGGAUACCAAAGAAGCAAAUAAGGGAGUUUAUGGGAAAAGGGUAUGAUAUAGUGUUGAGAGUGGACAUUCAGGGGGCUGAGACGUUGAGGAGGAUUUUGGGGAAUUCUGCUGUGUUUGUGUUUUUGGCUGCGGAGAGUGAGAUGGCAAUGGUGGAGAGAUUGGUUCAGAGGAAGACUGAGAGUAAGGAGGAGUUACUAGUGAGGAUUGCCACGGCCAGGGAAGAGAUAAAACACGUGAAAAACUUUGAUUAUGUGGUGGUAAAUGCAGAGGGGAAGCUUGAUAAUGCGGUGAAGUUGGUCGAGUCUAUUAUUGAUGCUGAGAAAGCCAAAGUCUGGCAAAGAAGUGCUGUGAUUUGAGUAUUUAUUUAUUUAUUAUUAUUGUUAUUAUUCAAUUAUCCGCAAAAAAAAAAAAAAAUCACAUAUUAGUGUAGACAUUCUGAAUUAUUGAAAUGAGUUUUAUUAAUGACUUUAUUAAAUGGUUGUCUUUGAUUGGCUUAGGAUAAUCACACUUAAAUGUUCUGUAACUCAGGAACUAUGUAGUCAGCAUAUCAUUUUGGCUACAAUUAUUUUUAAAUUCUAUUUUUACUUGUUUGAAUUA